CAGAAGCGGCUAGUUCAACUCGAUAGAGGAGAAGCUAAAAACAAUAACAAACGGUUUAACGAACUGCCUAAUGCUGCGCUUUCUUUUAGAAAAUAUAACAUUACACCUUUUAGCUGUUCUAGGUUUUAUAACUGUGCUCCGUAAACGGUUCGGGACGAGUUUGUUUCCUGUGCUCGAUCGUUACUAAACUUUUGCUAGGAUGCUAGGUGGCUAAUUCCGAGCAAGUUAUCUGCACAUUUAGCCUGACAUGACUGCAGCUGUACAUUUCUUUGCUUUAUUAGCUUGCAUAUCUGAUACUUCAACGUUACACAAAGUAAAAUUACAGUACAAUCGGCUAAGUAAGGGUUAACGCUAACUGCACGUCGUCGUUAUGGGAGACAAGGACCUGAGUCUUAUUGACAAGAAGAUAACAAGUUUGCUAGAUGUCCCCCUGAGUCCGACUGUAACAUCACUCAAUCUACACUGCAAUCACAUCCCAAGGAUCGAGGGCCUGACCUCAGCUUGGCACCUGCGGCACUUAGACCUUUCCUCCAAUUGCAUUUCUAAGAUUGAGGGUCUAAGUUCCCUCACUUCCCUGAGGACUUUAAAUUUAUCCUGUAACUUAAUCACCAAGGUUGAAGGACUGAAUGGCCUCGUGAACCUAACAAGAUUAAACUUGUCCUACAAUCAGAUAAAAAACCUCACCGGCUUGUUGUAUCUUCAUGGCCUGGAAUACAAGCUGAAGCAAAUCAGUCUCCAUAGCAACCACCUGGACAGCAUUGAUCAUCUCCUGCAGUGCCUGCUGGGAUUGCAAGGUUUAAGUGAGGUCACUUUGAGUCUGGAUGGCAGGGACAAUCCAGUGUGCAGGUCACCAGGUUACAGGGAAAUUGUUAUGCAGUCCUUGCCACAGAUCUCUGUUCUGGAUGGCCUGGACCAGCUGGGAAAUCCAUCACAUCUAGGUCUAGUCAGUCCCUGUGAUAUCCCUGGUCUGGAGGACUAUGUGGACCUCCUGCUAUCCUCGGAUACUAGUCACAAUGAAGCGGUUAGAGGGGAUGCCCCCCUCACCACACCCCGCAUCGAUGAGGUGCUGACCCAGUUUCGUCAGCGGAUUGCCUCCGAAGCAAUCACAGAUCCAGUCCCACAGCCUGAUGGCCAGAGCUUCCAGCCGGUUUGUUCCGCUGUGGCUGAUCCAGCAGACCCUGUUAAUGAGGAACGUAUCAGGAAACUGGAGCACCAGGUGUCCCAGCUCAUCCAGAAGGCCCCUGCAGGUGACAAAUCCCGCAGCUCUGCUCUUUCUGCGGUGACGGUACGGAAAGCCAAGAGGGACACAGAUCGCACGUCAGAGAGUGAGUGUGACAGCGGGAAGGAAAACAGGAGGCGCAGCAGGAUCCCCAAACAUAGUAACAGCACCACAUCAAGGACGACACCGAAGGAGACCAGGGGCCGGAGAUCAGACAGCGAUCAAGAGAAUCAUAAACAGAGGAGUUCAAAGUCUGCUGCGGGGCCCAGGAGGAAGGCUGGUGGCGCAGGGGGUAUAGAUGCAGCAGGGCCAGCAAGGAGGGCACCUUUGAGAGCUGCUAAGGCCUCAGGCGACAUGAAAACCCGAUCCACUGAGGAAGAGGAAACCUACAGGACUAUUGUGGAAGAGCGUGACCAGGAAAGAGAGAGGCGAUGGAAGGCUGAGCAGGCUGUGAGGAAACUAACAGAGGAUCUGAAGUGCCUCCAGACAAAGGUCAGCGAGGAAAAAGAUCUUCAGAGCAUGGCCCUGCACACCACUGACCGACUGAAAGAAUUGCUGCUAAAUGAGCGAUCGGGAUGUUCUGAACUGCAGACUCGUGUUGAGGAGCUGGAGGGGAGGUGUCAGUCCCUAACGCAGCAGCUGGAGCAGGCCCGCAGCAGUGAAGAACAACACAAGACUGCACUGCAUAGACUGGAGGAAAGCAUCUCCCAUGGAGAAGCACUCAGGGCUCGCCAGCAGGCUGAGGAGAUGAAGCGACACCAGGAGCUGGAGAACAAGGCAGCAGCUCUGAAGAGAGAGUUGGACAUCCAGAGAGCCUCGGUGCAUCAGCAUAAAGACAAACUGCAGCAGCUGCAUGAACUGCUCGCAUCCAGGGAGCAAGAGCACAGAAAACAGCUGGACUUGCGCUUGCAGCCCGGCGGGGCAGAUUUCCGCGAGGCAGUGGCGAAAGAAGUUGCAUCAGUGGAGCAGAGACACGCCCACAGGGAGGUGGAGGUGCAGGAGAAACUGGCGGAGGGCAGGAAACAGUACGCUGCUCUGGAGGACGAGUUUCGCAUGGCACUAACCAUCGAGGCUGCUCGCUUCUCUGAGGUGAAGGAGGCUUGUGAUCAGAUGACUGCAGAGCUGUUGGAGCUCAAGGCGACCCUCGUCCAGUCCCAGCAGAGGGAGAAGAAAUCAGGCUCUCUGGUGCAGGAGCUCACAGCCAUGGUCAAAGAACAGAAGAACCGCAUCUCCACACUCAUGAAAGCCAAGAGAGAUGCUGUCACUGAUCUAAAGUGCCGUCUGCACUCCAUGGAAGCAGAGGUGGAGCAGGACCGACGUCUCAGCCUGCAGCUCGAGUUGCUCAAGAAAGACAAGGCGCGACUGUUGUCUCAGCUCACAGCUCAGGAGUCGGUGAUAGACGGCCUCAGGGCAGAGAGGAGGAUCUGGGGCCAGGAGCUCGCUCAGCAAGGGGUGUCCUUGGCUCAGGAUCGUGGACGCCUAGAGGCCAGGAUAGAAGUGUUGGGUGCUGAGCUGGAGACUCAGAAGAAGCAGAAUGAGAGGGACUAUGAUGCCCUGAAAAUCAAAGCCAAAAUCAUUGAUGACCAGACAGAGACCAUCCGCAAACUCAAAGAGGCCUUACAGGAACGUGAUGAUCAGAUCCGCAGGCUGCGUGAGGAGGCAGUCCAGGUCCAGAAGAGGCUCCAGCAGCAGCAUGAGGAGGAAACAGCUCGGCAGGCUGAGCUGAGCGAGCGGCUGGAGCAUCUGAGCCUGCGCAAAGAGGAGUUGAAACAGCAGCUGGAAGACAAGGAGGCAGAGCUGGAGGAGGUCAAAAGAGUUUACAGUGAUUCUAGUAAGAAGUGGCAGGAGAAGGCAGACCUGCUCACCCGGCUGGAGAGCCAGGUGAAGCGCAUGAAGGAGAACUUUGACUCCAAGGAACGUUUGCUGCUGGAAGAAAGAGAUAAAACAGCAGAAGCUCAUAAAGCUGCAGUAGACAGGUUACACUGUGUGGAUGAUGCAUUUCGUCGACAGCUAGAGUCUGCCCAGGCUGCACAUCAAGCUGAGCUGUUUCGACUGGCAAAUGAAAAGCAGAAGCAGAUUGAACAGGCCAAUCAGAAGGUAUUUGAAGUGGAGGAGGAGAUGCGUCAACUCCUGGAGGAGACAGAAACUAAUAAGAGAAUCAUGGAGGAGAAAAUGAAACGUCUCACAAGUGUACUAAAAGACUUUUAACACACGAAACGUGACUUAUUUUUAGCUAUGGCGAUGUAUAUAUUUAAACUCGAGAGGUUGUAGAAGUUGUAAGCAUGUUGUUUUUUAAAUAAAUAAGGUUAUUUCAUUUUUUUAAGUUGUAUUUUAGUUUAUCAUGAUUUAUCUAAUAAAUUCUCUCUUGAGAAUA